AUGGCUUCCAACGAGUCGCCCACCACUCAAUCUGGAGAUUUCACGCUCCUGUACUUUGCAGGUGCAACGACAUUCACCCAGAGGCCGUACGACACUUUGUCAGCUCCGUUUUCCAUCGUCGAGCUAUACAAUACUCUGGAAGAUAAAUAUCCAGGGAUCAAGGAGCAUGUGCUGGCGAGCUCUGCUCUGACCGUAAAUCUGGACUAUGUUGAUGUGAUGGAAGAGAUAGCCAAAGGCGCUGAUGCCUUGGUCAUUCAAGCUGGGGAUGAAGUCGCAAUCAUCCCGCCUGUCAGCUCCGGGUAA